AUGAUCAACGAAAUAAAAUCAUUUCUUCCAUCUCCUAGAUCGUUAGAGUCGAUAGAGCCAAUCAAAAAAAGAGCUAAAAGAAAGGAACGUCCCUCUAAACAUGUUUUAUCAAAGUCGAUCUACGAAGAAACAGAUCUAUCAAAGCUUACACCCAGGCAAAGAGUGCUUCAUCAAAAAUACCAGGAAAGCAAAAAUAAUGUAACAAGCUUUUUCCUUCUGUCAAACAACAUUCUUAUCAAUUCAACCAAUCAUCGACCAAAAGAAGAUAAAGGGAAGAUGGUUUGUAAUAAGUUCACUCACAAAGGCGUAGACGAACAUUGCUAUGGUGAGCACAGAGAUGACCUCCAGAAAGAGUCCAGAUUUUUGGUUGUAACUAGUGAUAUGUAUAAUAGUUCAUACAACGAUACCAAAGAAGAAUCCACUUCAUCCGAAGAUGGCUGUAAAGUGAUAGAAGCAAUGGAUGUAGAGUCCCCAUUUGAUAACAAAUGGCCUGAAGAUGUAAGAUACAAAGAUUGCCUGAUUUGUAAAGAGUGCUUCAGAGACGCAGCAAGGGCAUACUAUGCUCUGGAAGAAAUAGGCAAUAUGCACAAAUGUGGCUACCAAAACUCCAUAAUGCUCCAUAAGUACAAAAUACGCCAAAACUUCAAGAAGCAAGUAUGCUUUAGCGUAAUCAGAAAAGAGGAAAUCGUUUUCAUAAAAUCAUUGGAACAACUUAAGUGUUGUAAUUCCAAUGCUUAA